AUGAAGGAGGUCCUCUACGUCCAAGCCGGGUCGUUCGCCAACUACAUCGGCACCCACUUCUGGAACACGCAGGAGAGCUACUUCACCUACGGGCUGGAUAAGGACUCGGAUGUGGACCACGACGUGUCAUUCCGGGAGGGUGUGACGUUGCAGGGAGAGGCUACGUUCUGUCCACGGCUGCUGCUGUUCGAUCGCAAAGCGAAUUUUGGCAAUGUCUCGGCUACGAGCGGACUAUAUGGAUACGACGAGGAUGAGACGGACGACGCCCCAGCGCCCCUCUGGAGCAGCACCGUCGCGGAAUACCGCCAAACCCGUAUUCCACCAAGCACAUAUCACGCGCAGCUGGACGCCGAAGCUGCAGAUGCGGGAGAGCAGGCGGCAAACAGGAGGGAAAACGAGGCACAGAAGCAUGAACCCCAGCCACCCAGAGUCGUCCCAUCGGACGUGCGCUACUGGUCGGAUUAUAGCCGCGUGUUCUUCCAUCCACGCACGAUACAGAAGCUGCCAGACCGUGCGGAGUGGGAGGAUGCCGAAGGAGACUGGGGGGCAUCGCGGGAGGCGUUUGGAAGGUACGAUGCGGAUACAGACGUCAUGGAGGAGGCCUUCCGGCCAUUUGUCGAAGAGUGUGAUACGGUUCAGGGGAUACAAGUGAUGCACGAUACCGCUACAUUUGGCGGGUUUACGGACUCGCUUCUGACAGUCAUCCGUGAUGAUUUCCCAAAGCUGCCCUGUCUGGCGUUCCCACUGCUCUCGGGCGCGACCCCAGGAUCUUUCGAUGUAGAGGACGCACUGAGCUUUCGACGGGCGAUCAACGACGCGCUCUGCCUACGGAGUUUGGACAGCCUCUCUACGCUGACCGUGCCGAUCCAGUCCCCAUCGACAUGGGCGCCGGGGGACUGGCUGGGCGGCAUCAACUUGAACCGCACUAGCUUGUAUCACACGUCCGCGAUUGUGUCUGCGCAUAUUGAGAGCGCAACUCUGCCCGUUAGGUUGAAAGGGAGCAUGGACGACCUUUCCAGCAUGUGUGAGCGGUUCAGCUUGGGCGGGGGCGUCCGCUUUGCCCACCUUUCUGGCGUGUUUCCGUUUUCAUCAUCGCUUGUCCCAACUCGGGACUUUGACAUCAGGACUUAUGACUUUUCUGUGAGCCCUUCGAAUGGUACCGGUACUCUGGAUAAAUAUGAUCCGACGGAAUUCACGAAAAUCUAUGUCUCGAGAGGCUUCUCGGGUAUCGAGAGAAGACAGUUCGAUCAGUGGGCGGAACAGCGGCGGCCAGUACCCUACAGCAUUCACUCCCCCGCCUACCCGCUCCCCAGCUCCUUCCCCCGCUUCUUCACCCCUCCACCGCCCACACCGCCGCCCUCGAUGCGCACUCUCGCUGCGCUGAGCAGUACUACACGUACGGCGCAUCUCUUUGCCAGCCACGCGGCGCUCGUCACGCUUGGCGCGGCACGGCACGCGGACGUGCUGGCGGGCAUGGGCCUGGAGUUGGACGAGGUGCGUGAGCUGCGGGACGCGCUGUGGGUGCUUUGUGAUGCGUGCGCGGGCGGAGAGGAAAGGGAUGUGGAGAUGGGGGAGGAUGAGGAGUAA